UUGCCUAGAUUUAGGACUUGAGUUUUUUUUUGUGUUUCUAUUAACAAUGUCAAUCAAAAUAGUGGAAAAGAACGGUGGGUUAACUUGCGUAAAAUGGACGACGGAAACUCCCGAGAACACAAUAAGGAGUGAGAUAAAAACAGAGGACUUUCAACUGAAUCAUAAUCGAUACCUGAAUUAUUUGUCAAUAACUAGGCGGUUAAUCAAAUAAAACCUCUAAAACGCAAGAAAAUAAGUAAGGAUAAUCCGAAAACGCAACGCUGACUGUCGACGAGAAAAACUGUCCAAGUGCAAAGUGAAUCCAUCAAGGUCGACUUCUGGGUAGGCCCUGGAUAAGGUCACUUUUGGGCUUCACCACGAAUCUUAAAACUCUGUCGUCUUGGUGUCGUCCUCGCUGAAUGUCCUUAUCGAAUGGCAAUCCUCAGUAGUUGUAAAAUCACCGUGUCUUGUACAAGUUGUUUUGUGCAGGCUCAGUAAAUAAAUUCAUUCAAAAAGUGAUUGCUAUUCUGUCGAGAACAUUUUGCCUUUCCGAUUGUUGUAGAUAAGUGUUUAACAGCAAAUAAUCAAUGACGAUCACAACUAAAGUCAUGGGUAGCGGUGAGCAUUGCGUGACGUGGGAUGCUACAUUAGAGAGAGCCAAGAAAGCAAACGAGAUCUUUCAGCUGGAUCAUUUUCCCGAGUACAUUUCUUACUUUAGUCUCGUCUACGAUUUCAAAGUCAUCAAAUUCGAAGAGAAAAAAUAUCGAGUCGAGUUUGUUUUCACGCAAAGCGCUUACGAUUCUACUACCGGUAGGAAAAGUUGUGCUAUUUCGGAUUAUUACUACGAGCCGUGCGCAGUUUGGAUGAAUAACACAGAAGGAAAAAAACUGAUGUUUCAAAAAUUUUCUCGUCCUAAAGGAUGGAAAAUAACUACCGCCUUUCGACAGAUUAGCUUUACUGUGAAUAUCUACAUCAAGUUUAAUUCUUUUCGUGAAAUCAACGUGUUGCUCAAACAAUUGACGGACAUUUACGCAAAUCAGUCCAACUGCGACAUCCAAUUUCUUUUUCAAGAUGGCCAGAAAAUCGGAGGCCACAUUUCCAUUUUGGCUGCCAGAAGUCCCGUAUUCGCAGCAAUGUUCAACAACCAACCAACCAAAACGGACCCAGUGUUGAUCAAUGACACUCCGCCGGAUAUUUUGAAAGAGGUGCUCCACUUUAUCUACUCCGGUCGGACUAGAGUACCAUUGACUGAAGCAAAUGUUUGGUCACUUUUUACGGCUGCGGAAAAAUAUGACGUCGCAGGAUUGAAGGAGGAGUGCACCCGUUUUCUGCUCAUUCAAAUACGGGCAAGCAAUGCAAUUGAUUGGUUAGUUCUGGCGGACUUUCACUCGAUACAGAGUGUCAAAAAAGCUGCUUUGAAAAUCAUAACUGCCAACUUUAAAAUCAUUUUCCCGACGCACGAAUGGGAGGAGUUCGCCAAGAGUUAUCCUGAUCUGUGUUUGCCAAUUACCUUGACGACGAUUGGACAAAUAAAUUCUUAA